ACAUCCGGUCCUUAUUCAAAUUCCAUACGGUAGCCAAUCAGAGUUCAGAGCGACGCCGUGUACAUCUGUACACCAACUCACUCAAGCGGUGCAUAGGUGAACUACUUAUUCAUUUUGAAUUUUUUUCGCAAACGAGCCGGUUGGGUACCGUUGGAUUCCUUCCUCAUUGACCUAUCGUUGUAUAUUCACGUGCUGUUCGUAGGGCUGUUCACGCCAUGUCGCAGUCAGUGAAUUAGAGAAAUGAAGUGAUUUACUGCUGUUUGAAGUCUGAAGCGUGCAUUAUGGCUUCGAGAAGAUGCUGGGUGCCUAAGAAAUCGUGGAAUUUUUUUAAUGUUCAUGUUCAUUUGCAGAUCCCUUGUUUGUACCAAGCGAGAUGACACCCACUAUACCGAUGGGUGUAAUUGAUCCUUGUACACAGACAGCUUUUCAAACUGAAAAUGGCUCUAGUGCUGUUGAACAUGCUGCUACAGCAAGUGCAGCAGAUGCUUAUGCAAGCCUUGUGAAAGAUCCUUGUACUUCUGGAAAGGUGCAAGAAGCCAUUCUGGGAGAUCAAUCUGCGCCUUCGGUGUGUGAAGUUUUGGUAACAGAUCAGAGUAUUAAAAAAAUGGAUGCUCAGUUCAAUCGCACCAUCAUGAAGAGAAUGACAGACGAUGUGAAGUGGAUUGUCUAUGGCGGCCAGAAGCAGAUCAAGAGAUUACCGUGGCUGGACUUGGAGAAGAUACGAAUUAAUGCAGUCACUGAAGACGUUGAAUUAGAAGAACUAGACAUUCAAGUACAAGUGGAAGCAGAAGCCGUCGAAGUGACGGUAGAAAGUAAUAGCACGUGGAAUAAGAAUGGCAGACGGAAACGAAAAGUUCACUACACAUCAUCUGUUUCAUCUGUUCUUAUAAAAGCAGUACGUUGCUCUGAAUGUACAGCUCUUUUUUCGAUCGCCAAACAAGUAAGGUUACAAUGCUUUUAUGGACAGGUGUGCCUGAAAAAGAACUCUGGAUUUUCCACGAAGCAACAAGUCAUCUGGGGUGAGAAAAGAGAUGCUGCCACUUACUCGGGCGGUAGUCAAGUGAUCGUUCUUGCAUCAGAUGACAACAGUAGCAAGAAACAAACCUCAAUAAGAGCACACAACAGUAGGAAGAAGCGCUUGCCGAGCGUGGAGAGCCGCGAGGUGCAGACGGAGGCGCCGAUGGAGGCGGAGGAGGCGGCGAGGGAGGCGGAGGAGGUGCUGCCACCCGCCACCCCGGACCUGUCGGCGCUGCUGCUGCCCGAGCUGCCCAAGACGCCCAACUGCGCGUGGGUGCACCCGGGCUGCAAGGUGGAGCUGCGCGGGGUGCCCAUCCACGAGGUCAUGCGCACCAAGACCACGCUGCAGUGCUGGUGCGGCGAGAAGCCCGUACGUCUCCUUGCUCAUUCCAAGCACUGCUUACCGCAAAGC